CUAGCGCGAUGGACUUCUGUAUGUUGGGCCUUUCAAGAGAUCCUGCCAACUGGAAAAAUUGAAGGAACGGAGGUCUUCCGUUUAUUAGGUGAAAGGACAGUCGCUUUCGCCAGCCCGCAUGUUGUUUCGCAUUCUCCGGUGAGCUUACAGAUUGCCCGGCGACAUCUCCGGGAAGGUAACAUCCGAAUUUCCCACUGGACGCGUUUGUCAGUAUUUGAUUUGCUUCUAUGCGUCAUGGUUCUGUUUCAGUCGGUUGCGAUUCGGGCGAUUGAGAUUAGGAAGAAGUCACCGGGGUUUCCCUGUUACUCGAUAAUCCCUACUUUGUUUCAAUUUAGAUAGAUUAGGGUAAUUGGAUACUUGGAACCAGCUGUGUUUUAUGGUCAUGGUUGUAUCGGGUGAAAAGUGCGUAGGUUUUCCAUCUGUUUCCACCUAUAAUGGCUUCAAUUGGGUGGGACUUGAUUCAGGAAUGAUUUGGGAUUUGGUUGUUUUUUUUUUUUCUUUUUCUUUUUCAAAAGACUAGGUGAAGAUGGCUUUAUUUUUGUUUUGUGGAACCCUCUUCAUAGAAAUAGGUUGCUACCUUCCCCAACAACACUAGAGUAGUGUCAAUUGGUAUGUUAAAUGAAAUUCGGUUCUUCCUCCCUUUGUGGAGCUUUGAGAAGGAUUCCUGUAAUCUUUUGUCUAUGUUUUUCAGCAAUGUUAAUGGUGAAGGGUUGGAUUUGCUAGUUGCACCACCUUCAGUCAAACUACCUAUCCAGCUAAAUGCGCUGUUUGUUUUGUCGAUCAAUUAAUUGGAAAUUAAUCUUUUUUUUAUCAGGGGUGAAAGAGAUACUGGGAAACGAAGCUUUAGAGUAUGUUAUGGACAUCCAAUUAAUUGAAGUUAGAAUUUUCAAGCUCCAAAGUAGUGUAUACAGGUGUUCUUGCACUGCAUUUACCUAUCAAAGUCAGGAAAAUAAACAUAAUUGUAACUUGUCUCCUAUAACUUACUUGGCUAAUAUACUCGUUAUGAUUCAGUUGUUAUGUUCAAUCUUUCAGCUCAUUACGUAGUACUUUCUGUUGCUGUUAUAGACCCUAUCAUUGUUGUAUCAAAUCAUUUCAACUGCACAGUUGCUUGUUGUAGAUGGAGGUGCAACCAAUUAAUCACACGAAACAAGAACGAGCCAGAACAAGGUGGACACCGGCGCUUGAUAAGGUAUUUGCUGACUUGGUUGUGAAGCAGAUUCAGCUUGGAAACAGAAGAAACAAUGUCUUUGAUAAGAAGACUUGGAACACCAUCCGAAACGAAUUCAACAAACAAACCGAUCUCAAUUUCAACAACAACCAGUUGAGAAAACACUUUGAUGUCCUCCGGACACGCUUCUUCAGCCUAACAAAGUCGUCUUCCUCUGCUCAAACUGACUUUGCUGCAAUUGAUGAGUCUUGCUGCAUUGCAUUUGACCUAUGGGAAGACUGCUCGACACCAGUCAGGCAGGAGACGGGCAAAGUCAAGGACUGCCCAAUAUACGGUCAACUGUGCACGAUAUUUUCAGAUACAUCGGUAGAUGGGAAAUAUGCUCAAUCCAGUCACUUUGAAGGACUGGAUAAUGGUGCAACACAUGCAGUUCCUUGUCCAGAAGCAUCCCAUCCUGAGAAUGAAGAAGAUCCCCCAACUCCAAUACCAGUACUACAACCCUCAGAAAAAACUGUUAAGUCCGUAGGAGAGAGGAAAAGGAAGCAGCCAUCCGAAACACAUCUGGAAUUGGAGCAGGACGGAGGUGGUGAUGAACAGCGUGAAUCUGUUGCUGCAGCUUUACAUGAAAUGAUCGCAGCUUUCAAAGAGAGGGAAACGGCUGCGAAAACUCAGAGGAGGGAUGAAAGGUAUAGCAUAACCAGUUGCAUCAGAGCUUUGGAUGAGAUUAAGGGUGUCGACCAAAGACUCUACUUUUCUGCACUGGAUCUCUUCGACGAUCCCAGCUUGAGGGAGACGUUUAUGUCGUUGAAAGGUGAUGCGUUCAGGUUGGCUUGGUUGCAGGGUAAGUGUGGUGGGUUUAAUUUUUCGACGCUUUUCGGGUUUUAGAGUCAUGUGGCCAUAGAUGUGUAGUCGUUUUACUAGAGAGCUUGUUGAUAGAGUUACUGACGAAGUUCAAACUAAUGGAUCAGAUUAUAGCAGCUCAGAUAGCUAUUGCUGCUAAAAACCAUUGUAAUUGUUUCCUUUACUGCCCUACUGCCUGAUAGCUAAUCAGAUGACCAUAGAGAGACUUCACCUUUGACCAUCCUUUGAUGCCUCUCACCUAACUCAAAACCAGGAUCAUAUGCUUAGAAAUGGAGGUCAAUGCCACAAAAGAGACUUGACCUGCUCAUCUGAAGAGUUCUAUAAAUUGACGACAAAUGAAAUGUUGCUUGUCAU